GAAAUAUAAUGUUAAUCACGAACUUACAGAUGUGAAAUUUUAAAAUUUAGGGAACGGUGGACAACUGUUCAAUUUAGUCUGUUUAUCAAAUUAACUGUUGAUCCAAUAAGGCCAAAUGUAGAAAUGUAAACAGUUAGUUGUAUUCGUUAUUUCCUGUAAAUAAAUUAUAUGCACUACAGUUAUUUUGACAGAUGGAAAAGUUAAAAAUGGCAACUUACAUGUCAGACCAUAACUUUUAACAUCUACAAGCAUGAUGACCCUAAAAUUUUUACAUGAUGUCAUUAACAAAACUCACAAAAGCAGUGUAUGUGGAAGGCUACAAAUUCUUUUUGUUCUAUAAAACUGUUUAUUAAGCUUUUUUUACUUUAGAAGCAUCUUACAGUACAUAUGAGGUUGAAAAUCCUGUAACUGUUCGAAAUACUCUAAUCUCAUAUCAGAUAAGGGAUACGGAUAACGUAUUGAUAGUUAUUGUAAUAUCAGACGUUUUGUACUAGGAAAGUUAUGUUUAUGUUUUAUUGUUUUCAGCCAAUUUAGAACAAGGUAGAAUAACAUUACUCAUAAGGUAACACUAGAGAUCGCUUAUCAUGUAUAAUCGUAAAAGCCUUAUUCAGAUAUGAACCAUUAAUUGUGUUUGAAUCUUCAGAGAGUUUCUGUGACGCUAAUAAAAAUCGAAUGAUGACAGUUGAGUGGCUCUAAGCUGCAACAUUUGGUGGCUGAUUCAGUGGUGUUAAUAUUAGUUAUUUCUUUAUGGAACCGAUUUCAUUUGUCAUUGGUUCCAUAGAAUAAUAGAUCAAUAAGGAAUACCGAGUGCUGUGCCAUUUAUUUUUCAUUCUUGUCAAUUUUCUGUUGACUCUUUCUGAAGUUUAGACACUUGUUUUCUUGAUUUAAAGCUCGCUCACACUGCAAACACAGUUGAUUAGUUCAGAAAAGCUGACAGGAACCUAUAAUACUAUACUUAAGGUUCUGCUUUUCAAAUAUUUGUAGUUAAAAUAAUUAACUAGUUUUUGCCUAACUUCAAGGAUUUAGAUUUUAUUACAAAUUUAUGCAUUGUACUGUAUUAAUAGACUAAUCAGAAUUCUAGCUGUCUUACUCUAGCACCGAACUGUCAGUAAAGUUAUCAGCCAUACCAAAUCAGAUUUCUGUUACGAAAAAUAUGUUAAUUAACAUUUAAUAUAGGUACUGACUUUAUAUCUUAUCAAUUUUGUGCUACUUUGUCUGUUCUAAGUAUUUUUAAUUGAAUAAAUAAUCAGUUCUGACUAUCCAAUUACAUCUCCAGUUUUUACCAAUCUGUCUAUACACAACAGUUAUUAUGUCGAUGGCUAGCAAAGAGAAAUAACAUGUUAUUGCUCUUAACAUAAAAAUUUUCAUGUGCUGGUCUUUUAAAGAGUUCAAGAUGUUUCUGUAAAAUUCUCAAUAUGAGAAUCAAAGGACUCUUUAAUCAUCAACUAAGGUUGGUAAAAAAGAGCUAUUGUAAUUAGAUAGAAAGUUUGUUCCGUCACAAUACUCAACCAUGAAACACUCCUGAAACUGUGCUGUUGUCGCCAAGAGCUAAUACGGUAUAAAUUACAAUUAAACGAUUUGAUAUUAUAUCAUCAUUUAAAGUAGUUGUUCUAACUAAAAUCUAUAAGAUCAUAUGUGAUCAAAGCGCAGCAAUAACACAAUAAAAUUUAUCAUCGGUUUGAGAAGAUUCUAAUAACGAAGUAAUUAUUUAUGGUAUUAAAAACUAAUUACAUUUGCUCCUGAGUAUUUAGAGUUGCUCGACAUGAUGAUAUAGACUGGCUGGAACCCAUCAGUUUGUGAUUAUGUUUAUCUGUCAAAGACUGUUUUUAUUACAGUCAUAGUCAUUAACAUUAAACUAGUGAAACUCAGCUUGAUAUUUUCUGAUCCUGCCACGUUAAUAUUUACAUGAUACAGACGCAGGUUUAUAAAACUAGAUUUCUUUGAUCACAUGUAAGUGUGGGUGCUUGUUCGUAACUCAGUAGAAUACGGAUCAAAAAUAAAGUUUAGCGUAGCAUGAUAUACUAGAGCAGUUAAAAGAUAGUGACUAAAUUAUUACGGAUAUUUAGGUUAUAAAAUAAAAAUCAUGUUAGUAACUUUAGCAGAUUUGAAAGUUAAUUAUUUCUAGUUACUUUUAUACCCAGUCUCAAUAAAGAAGAAAACAACCGUAAGAGUCGAGUAAUUUUGAUCGUUCUCUUUACAAGAUUCUUAUUAGCUGCUUAGAACCUAAAAAUUUGAAAUAAUUUUACGAAUUGAAACCUAUUUGACUAAAAAAUACUGCAAGGAUCAGUCGCAGAAAUGUUUUACAUCUGAAACCAAUAUAAGUGAAUAUCUGAAGUAUCGUACGUUGCCAACAAAAACAUCUACUAAGGGGACGAUAAAAUGAAUACUUAAAAGUAUAAGGAAAGUUUGACAAACUCUUUUAAAAAUAUCAGUUUUCUGAAAAUGAUUAACUUUUUACAGGAUUUAUUAAAGUAGGUUAAUUAUGAAGCUAUACUUUCAGAAAACUCAGUUUUGAAUAAGGUUUAUUUUAACUCACAUAAGAAGUGUAGCUAUAAGUUUGAAACUAUCAACUUACAUAUAUUUUACAAAACAACUAAACCUAUUUAGAUAUAGUACAUGACUAAGUUACAGAUUGAUAAUAUUCACUCAUUAACUGGUUACGUUUUCGUUAUGAAAUCUAUUAUCUUACAAUCUGAUGUGUUCAGUCCAUUGCAGUGAUGAGUGAAUAGAUGAAUUUAGGGUUCCAUAACGAUUAUUAUGAUCGUAAUUGUUCAUAUGGUUUUAUUUAGUAUUUAACGAAUAUAUAGGAUUAUUAGUAGUUUCCAACUGACACAUGACUGGCUUCCUGUCUUCAUUAGUCGUGUUUUAAUUGAAACUUAUACACGUCUUUGUAAACUCAGUGUUAUUUCAAGAGUGUAACUCAUAACUACUUUCAUGCAGUGUGGUGUCUUAUCCACAAAGAACUAAUUAGCUGUUUUAUUCUACUGUGGAGCUCUUUGCAUACUAUAUCAUUUAUUCUUUUGUUAACGGAAAUAUAGCCUUCAUGAUCCAAAAAAUACCAUACUGACGUCAAGCCAUUGUUAAAAAAUACAACGGUUGAUAUGUUUAUCUAUCAAAUAAUAUUUCUUAACCAUAUAUAUGUGCGCCUGUGGUUGGAUUUUAUAGAUAUGGAAUCAUCAUGGAUCCAUUUUCAUGGAUUCGUUUUCUUUUACAAGCUCAACAGAAAUGUGCGGUAAUUGGGUUAUUUGGUUCUCAACAUUCACGGCUUAGUGUAUGUGAAAGCAAGGAUUACAAUAGUAUUAGCUCAGACCCAGUUGAAUUAGAAGUAAAUGUAUUGGUACACGAUGAAACUUGUAUGAAAUUUAGUCGUAAUUUAUACGUUACUUAUCCAAAUAACUUAACACUAUGGGACAUAUACUAUUUCAUCCUUUCACCAACAUUGUGCUACGAAUUAAACUUCCCGCGCACAAUGACAAUAAGGAAACAGUUUCUGUUCAAACGUAUCUUCGAAUUGAUAUUCAUUCCCCAACUUAUACUCUGCUUGAUUCAACAAUGGAUUCUACCUAUACUGUCAAACAGUUACGUUCCAUUCACAGAAUCAAGAUUUAGCUUGAUUGUUGAACGUUGUUUGAAAUUGGCUAUACCAAAUCAUCUCAUAUGGUUACUGUUUUUCUACCUUGUAUUUCAUUCCCUAUUAAAUGUAAUCGGAGAGAUUUUAUACUUUGGUGAUCGAUUCUUUUACAGCGAUUGGUGGAAUGCGGAAUCUGUACCAGCGUUUUGGUCAAAAUGGAAUAUUCCUGUCCAUCGUUUCGCUAGACGGCAUAUAUACAUACCCCUUUUACGGUCAGGGUUCAGCCGCUUCCAAGCUGGUUUAGUUGUUUUCAUGAUUAGUGCAUUUUUUCAUGAAAUACUUGUUUCAAUCCCAUUGAAAAUGCUACGAUUCUGGGCCUUCUUUGGUAUGCUAAGCCAAGUACCAUAUGCCUACAUAGUUUCACGCUUAUUCCCUAGUGGUGGUCAAGGUGGUAACUUAGCUGUGUGGCUUACGUUAAUAAUUGGUCAACCAUUAGCUAUUCUCGCUUAUUUCCAUGACUAUUUUAUAAUACAUUAUAAUGUUGGUGGAAUGUAAACAGCUAUAGUCAAUAAGUCAGUAAACGAGAUUUUUUAUUGUUUGGUUUUUCGUGAUAUCAUUUCCUUACUCGUUGUACAGUGAAGAUUUAUCGAUUUAAUUAGAUAUUUACACUUAACUAAUAUUGUUUUUCUGAUUAUUAAUUAAUGAGGUAGUCAUUUUUAAUGUUGAGUAGUUUGUCGAUUGAUAACUGUUAAAUUUAUAAAAGUGAUUGUAUGGAUAUUCAUUAUUCUAUCUAUGCAAUUCGGCUUUCUUGCCUAACUUUUUUUUGCUUAUCAUUUCUUCUAAUUCUCAGUGUUUUCUUUAUUCUUCUGUACAAGUAUUAUUAAAGCAACAAUGAAGUCUUGUUAUUAAUCUAAUUUUUUUUCCUCUAUUCUCAUCAUUGUAAUUUGAUUUCCAUUUCAACUGAAUUCUUACUUUUGAUGUAAUUACGAUCAUAUUGUCGGUUCAAUGUGCUUAAUUGAUUCAUCAUAUGUGUAAUUGUUAACUAUUUAUAAAUAUGUGCAAGAUUUUGUUAGACAUAAUCUCCAGUUUCAUUUUUAACACAUUGAAGUUUGUGAACAAAAUGUUCAUAGUUGUAAGUUGAAUUUAUGGCAUCAGUGCUUUCAGAUACGAAAGAUAGAGAAGUAAAAACGUUUUUCAUUCCAUUUAGAACUAUCUGAAAUGCUUGUAAGAACUUUCGUUUUAAUUCGAACGGUCAGUUUCAGAGUAAUUGGGUCCCUAGUUAAUGUGAGACAUUAAAAAGAAAAUCAUAUUUGUAAAAAUUCUCAUUGAUUAAAGUUAAAAUAAAUCCAAAUGUUUCGCUCGACAUUCUAGUUCAAGCUUUUUCAAGGGGAAUAAUCAAACAUCAAAUUAUCGAAUAUCAAUAUAUGAUUCUUGAAUUAACUGUGUACGAAAUCCUCCAGUCAUGUUAACAAUUCUGAAUGAGGAAUUUGUUGUAGUGAUGGUAUAAGUUAUUUAGUGUGUGAAGGGGAAUCUUGAUAAGAUAAGAAGUGUAGUUGUAUGUAGACAUGAUGAAAAAAAAUAAUUGGAUAUGUAUGGCAUCAGGGUGUGAAGUUAUUUAUCCGUCUUUUAUUCUUGGAUAAAAGUGCGAUAUCAGGGAUUUUCGGACAUUUUUCGUCCUUUUGGUGAGAUUAUUGAUGUAUGUCACACCAUAAUUUUCACUGGGGAUUUUUUGUUCAUCAUUUAAAGUUAUUUGCAUGUGCCUUCCAAUGAACUCGUCUCUGUAGAGCAUCCAAGCUUGCCGAUGAAGGAAGCAAAAAAAGUGAGAGUUCGAGCUUGAAAUGAGAUUUUUAGUGAAAUUCUCUUCUUAUUUAUGGAACUGGACCACUGACUUACUUGGAAAAUCUCUGAAAAUGCUUAAUACCACACACAUAUUGAAAAUUAAAAAAAAAUCUAUACCCUACAAAUUCACAGACAGGUAUUCUAUCUCGACUUCAAGUGACAUUUGUUGAUUUAACUGGGCAAUCCGAUAUAUAUUAUAGUGAAUAAAAUUUAUCAUAGCAAAUAUAGAAUGAAAAUAAACAAACGAAUAAUUAUAAAUCGUUGUCCUAAACUAGCUAGUUGUUCAUCGCAUCUCCAAAAAACUAACUGAAUACAACAAAUUAGAAGUAGUAACAUGAAGUACAAAUUUAUUAAAUAUUACCUGCUAUGGUACAGCUAAUUUUAUGCCAUCCCUGAUUCAUAUUGUUUGAGUUUACCCACAUAUGUAGGACUUCACCUGUCAAUUUUUCUUUUUACGAACUAAAACCGUUUUGAAAGAUUCCUGUUACAUUGAUGUCAACUGUAUGUUCAGAUUGUAUUGAAUGUAUUGCCGACUUGUUUUAUAGUUAUUUUGAAGUCUUCUGAUGAUUUGAGAAUAUGCUUCAAGUAAAUCUUUCUCUUUGUUCAUCGAGAGUGAAAUUGUGUCAAUGUUAUUGUAAAGUUUAAUAACGUUCUAUUUUCAGUUCUUACCAUUUGUUUAAAUUUUGAAGCUAAUUAAAACUUA